CAGUCGCUGUUCGGCGUUCGGGCGGCGAGCUCGUAGCAGGGUGCGCGCGUUCCACUUGGCGGUACUAUCGCUUCGGCAGAAGUUUUGCGGACAUCGCGAUCUAACAAAUCACUGGCAGCCUUUCUUUCGUGACUGAUCGAGUGAUCUUAGACGCACUGUAGAAAGUGAAAAUGCACAGUUGAAGCGUGAUAAUAAAUUGUGUAAGGACUUUUACUUAUCUCGGUGUUAAGUGACUAAAGUGGGACGGACGAAGUUGAAAGUGAAAUAAACUUAUUGGGACUCGUUUCGAUAUCAGCGCAGUUUUGAAUAAAAACUGUGACUCGAUUAUUGAAGCGCGGUAGAACUUUCCGUUUACGGUAAGAGGCUUCGUUUACCCGAAAUUUCAGCGAAAUUAUACCGUAGGAUAAUCCGGUAUUUCACAAUCUUGCUGAAGUAACAAGACGUGAUUUGCUGUGGAAAGAACAACUAUUAUGUCGAAAGUGAAUUUGUUUGCCUGAGUGAUUAGACUGCCGACGCGUCGGGGGAAUGAAUUGUGAAUUUUGUGUGUUAAGUGCUAAAGUCGAACUUUGUGUAAAUCGAUGAAGUUUCACGUGUGACUGUCAUUUGGGGAUUUUCUGAAAAUCUAUCACCAUGGAGACGGAGGAACUUACAAAACUCGUCGAUGGCAUAUACAAGAAUAUUUUGGAUAAAUUCAAUCCUGGUGCCCGGCAGAUGAUAACGGCUGGCAAAGCUUACUUGAAGGCUUUACAUGGUGCAGCCGCGGCAUCAAGACUGUACGUGGACGCAGUGGGCAAGCUGGGCAGGCAAGCCCAGCAGGGGACGUGGGGAGGAUGCGCCGACAUAGGGACCGCCCUAAUGAAGGUGGUGGAAGUAUAUCGAGAAAUACAAGAUCAACAGAUGAAUAUCCUCAAGGCUUUCUAUGUCGAUCUGCUGGUCCCCUUGGAAACUAAUUUGGAGAAAGAUACCAAAGUAGUUCAGUCGGAGCAGAAGAGAUUCCUGCAACAACACAAGCUGCGUUCAGAGAGUUACAGCAAGGCUGCAGCCACGAUAAAGAAGCAACGGAAGAAGAAGACCAAUGUCACUAAAGCUGGGUCUGCCAUGGAUAAGGAAAUGAAGAACAUGCAAAUCUUAGAAGAGGAGAAAACAAAACUGGAUGCAUUUUGUGAGCAAAGUUUGAAGAAUGCUAUGACCCAGGAGCGUCGUCGAUAUGGAUUUGUACUGGAAAGGCAGUGUUCAUUGGCUAAGCAUUGGUUGGCGUACCACUCAGCAGGUGCAACAGCAUACAAUACCGGUCUGGAAGAGUGGCUCGAGGUGUCGCGGACCCGGGAGUACCUUCCACCGAAUGUGGAAGCCAUGUUCGUCAGCAGGAUGAGGCAAGUCUCCUUCUGGGCUGACGAAGAAGUCUACGCAAGUCCCCGUAUAGGAGACGAUGACGACCGCGCAUCCGUGGGCUCAGCCCUGCGCAAGACCAGAUCCGUCGACGCUUCGUGUCUCGAUGUACGGUCUAUUGGAGAACUCGGUUCUCCCACACAAGGACUGUCCCGAGCCAAAUCCGACUUCAACCUACAAGCUUUGCAUUCCGGCGAACAAGAACCCGACACCCGUAUAGCGACCCGUCCAUCGUCCCUGGCCCCGCCGGCCUGCACCACUCGCGAGCCGCCCCUGGCUCGAGCUCUAUACGCCUACGCAGCAGCGGGAGACAACCAGCUCAGUUUCCAGCAAGGAGACGUUCUAGCUCUACUUGGAGAGAGGACCAAGGGAUGGCAGUACGGGGAAAAUCUACGUACUCAUCAUGCCGGGUGGUUCCCCUUGGCGUAUACUGAGCCGAUUGCUAAUGAAGAGCCAAGUGCCUCACCCGCUCGCUGGGGCGUAGCGCAGACGCCGAACGAAGCACCGCCGCCAGCACCAGUUGCUCACGCGCAGACAUCGGGCACUCCCACUACGCAUAGCCAUGCGCACCCACCGAUACGCAUCUUUGGAGAUACCAUCACAGCUCAUCAUAUCAACAAGGGUCGCUUGGGGAGCGGAUCACCCGGGCUACCCCCCACUCUGCCGGCCCCGUCACCUAGUGCUCUAAGCACCUCUGCUAGUGCCACAUUCCAUGCGUCUACUCCGGCCCCCGUACCCAACACUGCAAUCAAGAAUUCCACAUCAGCUGCCAGUUUCACGACUCACGCAGUCAUAGAAACUAGGACAUUUGGACCGCAAACAUUACCUUUGCGUUCACAGGUGGCGCAGAACAAGGCAGGUCCAGCUAAGACAGUUGUGUCGGCUGUCGGUGCAGUUGGUAAUGUAUCGCUGCACAGCUCCAAUGAUUCUGGCUUCUCCAAUGAACCGCCGCCACAGCCAGAUGUUGACUACAGCGACGAAGAAGCUCAGAGACUUCGCGUUCCCAUUAGUAAAUCUGCUCAACACGCCAACGACAAGGCCUAUUUGCUCAAAACACAAAGUCUAAAACGACCCCAGAAACCCACAAAUACGAACGGCUACUUAACGGAUGAUCAACAGUUGAUGCUACGCAACAUGUUGGAUAUGGAUAAAGAUUCACAGAAAGUCAAGAGAACGAAAUCAUUCUGGAAAUUUGGCCGUACAACAUCUGAAGAGAUAAUGGAAGGCAUGUCACUCUGGCAACAUCGUGAUAUCGUUGAUACCGUACCAGAAUACAAGAAAAAGCUGUUUGUUAAAAUGAAGAAAGAACUAAGACCAGCACCAGACGUGCCUGAGCCUAGAAAACAACCAAGCCCUGACAAAACACCCCCUGUAGAGAAUACUCAACCGCGUCCGAAAGAAACGAUCGAUAGAAAGGAUGUCAAAGUUACCAAUGGCAUACGCCAAGCUAGAAGUCUUGGGUCCAUACAAAGUGAGGAACGUAUUGAAAAGGGAAGAAGAAGUGGUGAAAUGUAUCAACCAAUGAAUAAAAAGAGCAUGUCGGAAAAGUCUAUCGCCGAGGAAAAGCAAGAAGAAUUCGUGCCACGUAAUGAAUCCAGGCAUUCUGAUCUGACCAACACAAGCACGAUAAAAACUAAUUUCGAAAACAGUUUCUAUAAUGAUGAGACUGGAGAGGGUUUUGUCAUGAAAACGGUAAAACGAAGAGAGAUUCUACAAAGAUAUGAUAAUGAUAGCAGCUCUGAUGUCAAUUCUGUUGCUUCAAGUACUGACCCGUACGACUGUAUUAUUGUAGAUGAUCACAUGACAUCAAAGAAGCAACAAGAACUUGAUAGGCGGCGUCAAACGCAAAUGCUUGAAGAUGAAGUAAAGAAACGAAAAGAAAAUGCUUACAUGCCUGAAUUUGAGGAAAUUGAAAUAACACCGAUUAAACCCCACGUGCGUGCCACAUUGUCGUCAGAAAAGUCUAAAAAGUCAUCACACGAACGUUCUCCACCGAAAACAAUGGAGUUCAAAACGUUCAAAGACAAUUCGAAAGAAAUAAAAACUUUCUCUGCGUCGUCUGAAACUUUGAAGUACAAAGACAAUGAGCAUCACACCGAUCGAUACGGAAUUCCUACGGAAAGGAACAAUAACGUAAUUCGAAACGAAGACAAUUAUAACGGACACGAUGAAGGUACACUUAAAUAUAAGAAACGCUCAAGUAAAGAAGAGAAGAAUCGCCAGCAAAACAGCUUUGAAAACGGAGAGAGAAAGAAUAACAAAAAAGAUUUACCGCAAGCAGAAAUAAGAAAUCAAAAGAAAGAAUCAAGACCUUACGAUAACAGAGAACCGCGAAUAGAUUACUCUUUAGACAGACGCGAGGUAAGAAAAGAUUUCACAAGUCCAAAGAACAAAGACCCAAGAAACAGAAACCGUUCGAAUAGAAGUUAUGAUGACAGUUCACUGCAAUACAACGGACGUAGAGAGGAAAGAUAUUACGAGUCAAACAUAUCGUAUUUUAGCGACCAGGAGCGGCGCGUAUCUAGGUACGAUUACGAAACGGAUUCAAAGAAAGCUGAAAAGUCGAAAUUGCGUCAGGAAGAGGCGCGCCUAGAAGGUAGACGUUUCGCAGACCGGCGCAGCGAGGGUCCGUACAGCGAGUCCGACGACCAAAAGUUCAAUGAGGCGUUAAAACAGCAAAGGCCGCAGCUGCUACCCCGUACUAAACUUCUGAAACGGACGGUAGAAGGCAGUGAACUGCCUGAAGAUGGACACACUUUUGGACCGUGGUACGAUUUGUGGGGUCGAGAAAAUGCAGUGUACAAGUAGAUUUAGUGCAGGUUUGUUUUAUUUAGUUUGAGCUAGAAUUUAUAGAUAUAACGAUCUUUUUUGUAUGUACUUUUACGUAAUACUUGGGGAUUUAUGUUUAAUGUCUUAUGAAGUCAUUUUAUGAGUCGUUUGGUUGUGUAAUUUUAAAAUCCGCGAAUUUUAUAACAUCUUAUAGUCAUUUUAAGUUGUAUAUUAAUUUUUGCGCAGGCCACAACAAUUUGCUACGGUGAAGCUAAGGAAAACACUAACAAACGAUCGAUCGUCGCCUGCCAUUGAAUAAUGUUUUAUAUAAUUAUUAUUAUUUUGUUACAUAAUAUUAAUUGUAAAUUUAGAAACACCAUGUAUUUUGUACAGUUAAAUAUUCAUAGUCUAACAAAGAAUAUAUCACAAUUUUUACAAUAAUCAAA